AGCAGCGCACCGAUCUGACAAAAUUAGUUCUUCAGUGACUUUCGUGCAGUGUGUUAAUAUAAAAAGAAAAAGAUUGAAAAAUGACAGGUCGUGGUAAAGGUGGCAAGGGCUUGGGAAAAGGUGGCGCCAAGCGUCAUCGCAAAGUCUUGCGUGAUAACAUCCAGGGUAUUACAAAGCCAGCUAUUCGCCGUUUGGCUCGUCGUGGCGGUGUGAAGCGCAUCUCUGGUCUUAUCUACGAGGAAACUCGUGGAGUCCUGAAAGUGUUCUUGGAGAACGUUAUUCGUGACGCCGUCACCUACACCGAACACGCCAAAAGGAAGACAGUGACGGCCAUGGAUGUUGUUUAUGCUCUGAAGAGACAGGGACGCACUCUAUACGGCUUCGGCGUGGCCGACCCAGCUCUAGCUAUUUACAUCUACAAGGUUCUGAAGCAGGUUCACCCUGACACUGGAAUUUCGUCUAAAGCUAUGAGUAUAAUGAACAGCUUCGUAAACGAUAUCUUUGAGCGUAUUGCUGCUGAGGCUUCGCGUCUGGCUCAUUACAACAAGCGCUCGACCAUCACCAGUCGGGAAAUCCAAACGGCUGUUCGUCUUCUCCUGCCUGGAGAGUUGGCCAAGCAUGCCAAAAUGACAGGUCGUGGUAAAGGUGGCAAGGGCUUGGGAAAAGGUGGCGCCAAGCGUCAUCGCAAAGUCUUGCGUGAUAACAUCCAGGGUAUUACAAAGCCAGCUAUUCGCCGUUUGGCUCGUCGUGGCGGUGUGAAGCGCAUCUCUGGUCUUAUCUACGAGGAAACUCGUGGAGUCCUGAAAGUGUUCUUGGAGAACGUUAUUCGUGACGCCGUCACCUACACCGAACACGCCAAAAGGAAGACAGUGACGGCCAUGGAUGUUGUUUAUGCUCUGAAGAGACAGGGACGCACUCUAUACGGCUUCGGCGGUUAAAAUUAUUUUUGUACAGCCUGUACUUCAACUAUACAAUCGGUCCUUUUCAGGA